CGACCCUUCCCCGCCCGCGGGCGACGAGCCAGCGCGCUGGCGGCCUGGGCCUGGCGCUCAAUUUAAACACUUAACCCGAGGGGCGGGCUGGGUCCGGAAACGAAACUUAAUUCGUCCCGCGGGCCGCCCGCAGGCCCGGCCAGUCCCUCCGCGCGCCGCGCUCCCCCGAAUAGGCCCUGCUCCCUCCGUCUGCCGCCCGGCUCUCGCCGGGCCCGCGCUCGGAGGGCUGAGGCCUGCGGCGGCCACGGCAUGGCUGGUGGCAUGGACGGCGGAGACGGGGCUCGCGCCCGGCAGCACGUGUUCUUGGUCCCAGAAUAUUUAAAAGAUGCUGCAGAGAAGAUGAAAACUGGGCUUAUGUUUGUGAAAUUGGUUAACCCAUGUUCAGGGGAAGGAGCCAUUUACUUGUUCAAUAUGUGUCUACCGCAGCUGUUUGAAGUAAAAGUUUUCAAGGAAAAAAACCAUUCUUGGUUUAUAAAUGAAUCAGUUCAAUCAGGAGGUCUUCUUCACUUUGCCACACCCAUGGACCCUCUGUUCCUGCUUCUCUACUACCUUGUAAAGGCUGAUAAAGAGGGCAAGUUUCAGCCCCUUGAUCAAGUUGUGAUGGACGACGCGUUUCCAAAUUGCGUCUUGUUGCUGAGACUUCCUGAGCUUGAGAAGUUACUUCAACACGUGACAGAGGAAAAAGAAAUAGACAAAAAGAAAUAUUACAAGUACAGCAAAGAGAAGACAUUAAAAUGGCUGGAAAAAAAGGUUAAUCAGACUGUGGCAGCGUUAAAAACCAACAACAUAAAUGUCAGUGCCCGGGUGCAGUCCACUGCAUUUUUCUCCGGUGAUCAGGUUUCCAGUGACAAGGAAGAGGAUUAUAUUCGUUAUGCUUAUGGUCUGAUAUCAGAUUACAUCCCUAAAGAAUUAAGUGAUGCCUUAUCUAAAUAUUUAAACCUUCCAGAACCUCCAGCUGCAGUACCAAACCCUCCAUCAAAGCCUUUCUCUGGGACUAAUUUAAAAUCUCGAACAUCUCCAGAGUUAGCUGCAUUAUACAGUCAAACCUCUUGGUGGAAGACAAGGAGCUCAGGGUCGUGGAAGACAAGGAGCUCAGGAUCUAGGAAGGUGGCAGCACAAAGACAGAAAAGGGACAAGUGACAGCAGGUCCACACAAGGCUUGGCUGCUCCUCAUGUAAUUUAAGACACUCCCAAAGGGCUACAACUUUUUCUUCUGCACUUUCUAGAAAAAUCACGAAGUGCCAAAAGAUGUAUUUCAAAGGACUAACCAUAAAAGCUGUGUUUGUUUGACCAGUACCCCUGGUCUGUUCAGCAGCCACAGUUUCCCCUGGAGGUGCCACUGUCCUGGAGCUAGAAAGCACCCCAAGUGCGAGCUGCCCUGAGGAAUUCAAGCCACAUCACCCCUGCCGACCGACUGUAAAGGUGUGGAUUCUUACAGUCUAGUGCUUCAGAUUUCCAAAAGUUGGGAGGAGAAGGCUCAUUGUGGAAUUUGGGUUAUUUCUUAAGCCUGACCACGGUGGCUGGGUGUGCUUGCCUGGGACUGGGAGAGUGUGGUGACUGUAAGUACACCAUUCCACACCAGGAGCUUUUCUACUCUUACUUAAAAAAAAAAAAAAAAAAAAAGCCUGACCUUUCUUUACUCCUUAUCAGUUUGGCAGCUUCUA